AUGGAUACUCCCACUGAUAUUGUCAAAGAAGCAAAGAGACAUACGCACACCUACAGCUUUUUCCGAGAGCCUUUGACCGCCUUAGAGGGUUUGAGUUCGUUGAUGACCGCUUUUUUCCUAAAGAGUUUCACAGAUAAUUAUGGGAAUAUUCUGACUUUGUUGGAAACCGUGGUUGACACUCCUGCUUUGCAAACUUUGGUACAGUUCUAUGAUCCUGAAAUGAGGUGUUUCACGUUCCAGGACUACCAGUUGGCUCCGACAUUGGAAGAGUACUCCAUUAUUCUUAAUCUCAAGAUAAAAGACGAAGUGCCAUUCAUCGAUAUUCCUAAGGAAGUGAACUUCAAGUCAAUCUCUGCUGCUCUUUAUUUGAGCAUAAAAGAGGUAUCUGAUAAUUGGAAGUCGAGUGGAGUUUCGGGGUUCCCUUUGAAGUUCUUGAUAAGGAAAGCUAAAGAGGAAUUUGGGAAAGAGAAUUGGAACGCAUACAAUGUGUUGCUCGCUGUGGCCAUUUACGGGAUUGUGAUGUUCCCGAAUGUACCCAAUUUUGUAGACUCGGUCGCGGUACACCUUUUCAUGGGAAAGAACCCCGUUCCUACAUUGUUGGCCGAUACUUAUUAUGCCACUUAUUCCCGAUAUGAGAAAGGUGGUGGUGCUAUCACUUGUUGCCUUCAGUUGUUGUUCAUCUGGUUCCUCUCUUUGUUAUCCAGCAAAGGACCUUUUGUGAAAACAAGGGAAACACUCAAGUGGACCCAAAGGAUUAUGUCACUUACUUCCUAUGAUAUCCAGUGGCAAAGGUACCGAAUUAAUGUUUCUGAGAUGAUAGUUGGGUGCGGGGAGUACAAUAAUGUUCCUUUGGACAAGACGGCGGAUCAUUUGGUAGCAGAUACGGUCAAUUUUGAGAAGGGGUCGGAUCCGGAGAAAUUGAGAAGCAUUGUUGUGGCUUGGAAAAAGGUUCGUAAGCAUUAUGAAGUUAAUUUAGGGAAGAAAGAAUCGCUUGCUUUGACGCCGUAUGUGGAAUGGAUCGUGAAGCGGGUUGGAGAUUUGUUGUUUCCAUAUGACAAAGUUCUGCCACUUCAAAAGCAACUUCCUUUGAUUCUAUCUGAAUUUGUGCCAACAGAACUUUACAAGAAUGCUUUGGCUACCAACUACAGGUUGCAUGAAAGAGAACAAGAGACCAACUUGAAAUUCUUUGAACAAAGAUGA